CACAGUCUCAAAUCCCAAACCACGACUACCGUCCAAAACUAAAAUACUACGUAAUUUAUAUUCCAAUAUGCAAAUUAGCAAUGGAGCAAUUACAAAUUGCGUGUUCACAACAUACCAUUUUCCUUACUUAACACCCAAUCAAAGAAUCCAAUCCAAAUGUCACUAUCCUUAAUCCCUAUCUUAUAGGAGUAAAUCACUAAUCUCCUUAACUAAGCAUAAAAAAUUUAUCAAAACAAUAAACUUCCUAAGUCCUAACUACCUUCUCUCUCAAAUUCACUCAAUUCUACCACUCUUCUUCUUCUACAUCUAUAAAAUCACCCCCAAAAAAAGUCAUCAUAAAAAAAAAAAAUAAAAAAAUAAAAAUAAAUUGAAGCUUUCAUCAAUGGCGACCGUUUCAGCUUGGCCAAACAAUCCAAACCCUAACCCUAAUUCUUCACCUUCUUCCCCAUCUUCAUUCCUCCCAGUUGAUCCAAAUCUCCCACCACCACCUUCAUCGCCGGGGACUUCCAUGUCGGAGCAAUCUGAUCACCUCUACUUCGAUUCCAAUCCCGAAGAAUCUGAUUCUCUCUCUCCUCCUUCUACUCUUCCCCCAAUUCGAACUUCUCUAUCGGAAAACCCUAACCCUAAUCCCAAUUCCCCAAAUUCGCUUUCAUCUUCUCAGCCUCUUGCUCUUCUUCAUGUUUCGUUUAAUCAAGAUUAUGGGUGUUUUUCAUCUGGGACUGAUCGAGGGUUUCGAAUCUAUAAUUGUGAUCCUUUUAGGGAAAUUUUUCGAAGGGAUUUUGAUCGAGGUGGGGGUAUUGGGAAGGUGGAAAUGUUGUAUCGAUGUAAUAUUCUUGCUUUAGUUGGUGGAGGACCUGACCCUCAGUACCCUGUUAAUAAGGUUAUGAUUUGGGAUGAUCAUCAGAGCAGGUGUAUUGGGGAAUUGUCGUUUCGGUCGGAAGUUCGCGGUGUUCGGCUUCGUCGUGAUCGAAUUGUGGUGGUUUUGGAGCAGAAGGUGUUUGUUUAUAAUUUUUCUGAUUUGAAGCUGUUGCAUCAGAUUGAGACUAGUGCUAAUCCAAAGGGGUUGUGUGAGGUUUCGCAAUCGGCGGGGAAGUUGGUGUUAGUCUGUCCUGGAUUGAGGAAGGGGCAAAUUCGGGUUGAGCAUUAUGCUUCUAGAAAGACUAAGUUUAUAAUGGCUCAUGAUUCUAGGAUUGCUUGCUUUUCCUUAACUCAAGAUGGGGGUCUUUUGGCUACCGCGAGCUCGAAGGGGACGCUUGUGAGGAUCUUUAAUACUUUUGAUGGUACAUUGCUGCAGGAGGUAAGAAGAGGUGCUGAUAGAGCAGAGAUAUACAGCUUGGCCUUCUCUACCACUGCUCAGUGGUUAGCUGUUUCAAGCGACAAGGGUACUGUUCAUGUCUUCAGCUUGAAGGUUAAUUCUGGUUCCCCAGGCACUGAAAAUCCAAAUCCUGCUCCUGAAAGCAAUGCUGCUGGUGCACCUGCUGGCUCAUCUCUUUCUUUUAUUAAAGGAGUAUUGCCUAGGUAUUUCAAUUCAGAAUGGUCAGUUGCUCAAUUUCGUUUAGUUGAAGGGAAUCAGUAUAUCGUUGCAUUUGGGCAUCAGAAGAAUACAGUGGUAAUUCUUGGCAUGGAUGGCAGCUUCUAUCGUUGCAAGUUUGAUCCUGCAAAGGGUGGAGAGAUGACCCAACUGGAAUAUAACAACUUUCUAAAGCCAGAGGAACCUUUCUAACCUCGUCAAUGUAUAUUUUUUUAUAAUUUUUGUUUAACCAUUUCGGUUACCUCUGUAUCUAUUAAGCUUUCAGAGGUAUGCACUGCGCAUGUUUAUGUUGUAAAUAUUGGCUUAUUACUUAUUUGGAUCGCUGUAAUUGGAUGCUCUUUAACUGAUAAGAUGUAAUAUGUGAAGCUGCUUGCUUACAGACCCUUCUUGGCACAUAUUUUUUUUAUAAUGUUGUUUUAAUACUUUCUACAUCUAAGGGCCUGUUUAGUUCA